AUGGCCGUUACUCUACCAGAUAGCUGCGAGUAUGGGUCACCCAAGUUUUACUCCUAUUGUGCUUUGGGUGGUGUCCUGAGCUGUGGAACGACGCAUACUGCUAUCGUGCCCCUAGAUCUAGUGAAGUGUAGAAUCCAGGUCGAUCGCGCCAAGUAUAAGAACAUCGUCAAUGGCUUCCGGGUUACCCUUGCCGAGGAUGGCGUGCGUGGCUUGGGACGCGGUUGGGCUCCGACAUGUAUAGGGUACUCACUUCAAGGUCUCGGGAAGUUUGGGUUCUAUGAAGUGUUCAAGCAUUUAUACAAUGGAAUGCUGUCAGAGGAAAACGCCUAUUUGUGGCGGACUUCUGUGUACCUCGCCGCUAGUGCAAGUGCGGAAUUUUUCGCGGAUAUAAUGCUUUGUCCGAUGGAGGCUGUUAAAGUACGAAUACAAACAAUGCCUGGAUGGGCAAAUACAUUGCGCGAGGGUGUUCCAAAAAUGAUCCGCGACGAAGGCUUAAUGGGAUUCUACAAAGGUAUUGUACCUUUGUGGGGUCGGCAGAUUCCGUAUACGAUGAUGAAGUUCGCUUGCUUUGAACGAACAGUCGAGGCCUUGUAUAAAUACGUUGUGCCCAAACCCCGUGAUCAGUGCUCCAAAGCUGGCGUUUUCUGUUGUAUUGUGUCUCACCCACCGGACACAAUCGUUUCGAAGUUGAAUAAGGAUCCGAAUGCGCGUCUGGUUGAGGUUGCGAAGAAUCUUGGACUUAUAGGUGAGUAG